UGGCAAGUGAGAAAUGUUCACUAACAGGGAUGUAAAACAAAUGUUGACGUUUUUGAGAAAUAAGCUGUUUGUGCGGAUCAACACAGAGAGGAAAGACAGAGGUCUGGGCCCUAUGAAGAUCCCUCUGCUGGCUGACCCCACCCAGGCCAUCUCCAGGGACUACGGAGUGCUGAAGGAGGAUGAGGGCAUAGCCUACAGAGGUCUGUUUGUGAUUGAUGACAAGGGCAUCCCGAGACAGAUCCCCAUCAACGACCUGCCAGUGGGGUGCUCUGUGGAUGAGACACUGCACCUGGUGCAGGCCUUCCAGCACACUGACAAGUUUGGAGAGGAGGAGGGGACAGAGAACAGUGUGCCCAGCAGGAUGGAGACCAGGGAGAGACACCAUCGUCCCAAACGUCCAGAAGAGCAAGGAGUUUUUCUCCAAACAGAACUGAUCCAUCCACACCUCCUUAGAGGUGCUACGUCUAUACAGGGUACUAACUGAGCACUUACUGUUGUUAGCUGGAUCGCUGACUGACUGAGUCUGCUGAUCGCAUUGAUUCUGUGUAAACUACACAGUCAGUGGGGAUGUGUUUUGUGAGACUUCUUGAAAAUGAUAUAUUAUUUGUGUAUUAGGCUUGGUGUUGGUUCCAUCAUCGGGCUUAUUUUACUGCUGUUCUCUAUUCAUUUUUAAUUAUCACAUUUUUAUUUAACACUUAUUUUUUAUUAAAACUGCAUUGUUGGUUAAGGGCUUGUAAUUAAGCAUUUCACUGUAAGGUUGUAUUCGGUGCAAGUGACAACUAACAUUUGAUUUGAUUACAAUUCAAACAGUGCUAUGUGAGUCUUUUCAAAUCAAAUCAAAUGCAUUUGUCACAUACACAUGGUUAGCAGAGGUUAAUGCGAGUGUAGCGAAAUGCUUGUGCUUCUAGUUCCGACAAUGCAGUAAUAACCAACGAGUAAUCUAACUAACAAUUCCAAAACUACUACCUUAUACACACAAGAAUAAAGGGAUAAAGAAUAUGUACAUAAAGAUAUAUGAAUGAGUGAUGGUAUAGAGCGACAUAGGCAAGAUGCAGUAGAUGGUAUCGAGUACAAUAUAUACAUAUGAGAUGAGUAUGUAAACAAAGUGGCAUAGUUUAAAGUGGCUAGUGAUACAUGUAUUACAUAAAGAUGCAGUAGAUGAUAGAGUACAGUAUAUACGUAUACAUAUGAGAUGAAUAAUGUAGGGUAUGUAAACCUUAUAUUAAGUAGCAUUGUUUAAAGUGGCUAGUGAUAUAUUUUACAUCAAUUCCCAUUAUUAAAGUGGCUGGAGUUGAGUCAGUGUGUUGCCGGCAGCCACUCAAUGUUAGUGGUUUUGUUGAUGAACUUGAAUGUUAAUUAA